AUGUCUGAUAAAGCAAAAGAGAAGAAAGGGCCGGAGACGUCGGCGUUUGUGAAGGAUUUCAUAGCUGGUGGUGUGUCGGCGGCCGUGUCGAAGACGGCGGUGGCGCCCAUAGAGAGGGUGAAGUUGAUUCUGCAAGUGCAGCACGUGAGCAAACAGAUUGCGGCAGAUCAGCGUUAUAAGGGUAUCGUUGACGCGUUCGUCCGCAUCCCAAAGGAACAGGGCAUCUCAUCAUUCUGGCGAGGGAAUCUCGCUAACGUCAUCAGAUACUUCCCGACGCAGGCGCUGAAUUUCGCCUUCAAGGAUGUUUACAAGUCAGUUUUCCUGGAGGGCGUGAACAAAAACACACAGUUUUGGAGAUAUUUUGCUGGCAAUUUGGCGUCGGGGGGUGCGGCGGGAGCCACCUCGCUGUGUUUCGUCUACCCCUUGGAUUUCGCUCGAACCCGAUUAGCAGCUGACGUAGGCAAGGGCAAAGCAAAAGAGUUCAAUGGAUUGAUAGACUGUUUAACGAAGACCAUGAAAUCUGACGGGCCUAUAGGGCUGUACCGAGGUUUUCUGGUGUCGGUACAGGGGAUUAUAAUCUACCGCGCGACCUACUUCGGCUUUUACGACACGGCGCGUGGCAUGUUGCCCGAUCCUAAGAAUACGCCGCUGCUUAUCACUUGGCUUAUCGCUCAGUCCGUAACGACUCUAGCCGGCAUAACAUCGUAUCCCCUGGACACGGUGCGACGACGCAUGAUGAUGCAGUCAGGCCGACCUGCCAACGAGCGUCUGUACAAGAACACGGCCCACUGUUGGGCCGUCAUACUCAAAACCGAAGGCCCUGGCGCCUUCUUCAAGGGUGCCUUCUCCAACGUCCUCAGAGGAACUGGAGGGGCGUUCGUGUUAAUUUUAUACGACGAAAUCAAGAAUCUUCUUUGAUUACAGUGUAGUAUCAGGCGUUGUGUUGUGUGCCGAGUCGCGGUGGCAACUGGCAAAAUGGAAAAUAUCAGAGUUAUGUAGAAUUUUG